AUAAACGUCAUUAUGUGUCAUUUCAUUGGUGAUUGCAGCUGAAUUCCAGCAAAUUCUUCUACGAUCAACUAUAAUGUUGUUUUAAUUUUGUUUAAAUGUGAUGUGUUUGUGCAAUAUAGCGAAAGAAUGCCAAUCCAGGCUCCACAAUGGACCGAUUUCCUGUGUUGUCCAGUUUGCUGCCACGAGUUUGCAGCAAACCACAGGGCACCGAUAAGUUUAGGAUGUGGCCAUACUAUAUGUAAGACGUGCUUGGCCAAUCUUCAUAGGAAACAGUGUCCAUUUGACCAGACUGUUAUUGUGACAGACAUAAAUAGUUUACCUGUUAACUCUGCUUUAUUACAACUUAUAAGUCCAUCCACGGUUCCAGUUGAUUGUGAUAAUUCUGAGGUAUUAAAAUGUCUAAGUCCAGAGGAUCUAAAAUAUUACUUGCAAGCAAUGAAAUGCAUAGAAGAGUUGGCAUUAUAUUUAAGACCUUUCCACAAUGGAUCAACAAGUAUAUUGUCUCGACCAAUGCAACGAAAGUUAGUGACAUUGGUAAAUUGUCAAUUAAUUGAAGAUGAAGGGAGAUCGCGAUCAAUGAGAGCAGCUAGAUCAUUAGGAGAAAGAACAGUUACUGAAUUAAUACUGCAGCAUCAAAAUCCUCAGCAGCUUAGCGCUAAUUUAUGGGCUGGCGUGAGAGCAAGGGGAUGUCAAUUUCUUGGACCAGCCAUGCAGGAAGAAGUUUUAAAACUCGUAUUACUAGCAUUAGAGGAUGGCUCUGCCUUAUCUCGAAAAGUUUUGGUUAUGUUUGUUGUUCAAAGAUUGGAACCACAUUUUCCACAAGCAUCUAAAACCAGCAUUGGACACGUGGUUCAAUUGUUAUACAGAGCUAGUUGUUUUAAGGUAUCUAAACGUGAAGGAGAUUCUUCUCUUAUGCAGUUAAAAGAAGAAUUUCGAACCUAUGAUGCAUUAAGGCGAGAACAUGAUGCACAAAUUGUGCAAAUUGCCACAGAAGCUGGUUUAAGAGUAGCACCAGACCAAUGGAGUGCUUUAUUGUAUGGUGAUGCUGCACACAGAUCACAUAUGCAAAGUGUGAUGGAUAAACUUCAAGGACCACAAAGUUUUGCCCUUGGUGUGCAAGAAUUGGUGAUAGCUUUGCAGAGAAGUGGAGAUCCGGCUGAUUUGGGAGGUCUCACUAAAAGCUUAGAACUACUAGCGGGAAUUGAUGCAAAUGCAGAAUCUGUAGUUCCAACUUGGCAGCAAUGUAGUGCAGCAUUAACAGCCGUUGCCCGAGUUGUCUUUGGUUUAGUUGAUUUCAUCAUGCAUCAUUCCCAUGGAAAUUCUAAUAAUAAUUUGGGAAAUACAAAUGUGUCUGGUAUGUGUCGCUCUGGAAAUAUAGUCUGUAAACAAAGCGAACAAAUGUCACAACAUUUUAAUGUCGGUGCUGCUGCACCACAGCCUAUCACCAUCAAUGGAGCCAAUGGCGUCAACAGUAAAUAUAAAGUUAGUAUGUGUAGAGAUCUCACAUUGAAGAAUAGUUGCCCAAGAGGAGUAAAUUGCACUUUUGCUCAUUCUGAGGACGAAUUGGACAGACAUAGAGCAAAAAGUCGUAAAUCUCUCAGACCGACAGGUAAUAAUAAAACUAUAACAGAUGAAAAUUUUAAACAAAAUUAUCAAGCGAUGAGUCCAAUCAAUAUGGUUCCCACUCACAAUAUGCCUGCACCAAUGCCACUGCCUCUUAGAAUUCCUAAUGAACAUUUGCAUUAUAACACUGGUUACAACAUGUCUACAGCCAGACCGGUACUGCCAGUUUUAGGUGACCAUAGAUUUUCAAAUACACAUGAUGGAUUUGCCACAAGUCAAGGAAUUGUUUUAAGCCCAAAUAAGCCAAAUAUGGAAUAUUAUACUCCAAACAGAAUGGAUUCUGCCCGAAUGCAAAACUGGGAUUCAAGUUACUUACCAAGUCGUCAAGUUAUGCAUGCGAAUAAUUUCAUAAAACCAGUGAGAAAUUUAGCUGCAUUACAACAGAAACGAUUAGAUAUUAUAGCACAAUUGGAAAUUCUGGCAAAACAGACAAUAAAUAUGCUGCUAAAAUGAAUGGCAAUAAUGGAGUUAUGGAUAGGCAAGAUGAUGUCAGUUGUAGCUGGGAGGAAAAUGAAGUUUUACGUUUUUCUCCGGUCGAAUCAUCAAGUGCGGUUUUUGUGAGGUCUGAUUCAAUUUUAACAGAUGAUGACUAUGUACCUUU